UGCGAUUACAAAAAUGAUGAACAUGUCAAUGUGGUGUAUGUAUAUACAGGGCGUGUGCGUUCGUUAUCGGAGGCUUCUUAUCAUUCGGUUCGUGUGAAGAGGCAAACGGCGCACCUAGUUCCGCUUGUGCUGUUCAUGCUGGACUCGAUUGCUCCAGUUCGUAUCAAACUCUCGCUGGAUAUCGUUCCAGGCAUCGACGAUGAGGAAUAUCGUUUUGCUGCUUCUGCUCACCACGCUUGUAAACGCGGAUCAGAAAUACACAUUCUGCGCACCCGUGAAAACGAUAAACCAAGACGAGUGCUCCGCUUUGCAACGAGGGGAGAGCGAGAUAGUAUGUUUGCCCGUAGCGGACAGCGCCGAAUGUUCGAUUCGUUUAGCACAGGGACAGGCUGAUUUUGGUGUUUUCAAUGCGGAGGAAUUAUUAUUGGCAUACCCAUUUUACCAGUCCGAUAUUGUACCCAUCCAACAAUUAAGGCACAGGACAAAGUUGAGCGAUGAAUUCGAAUUCCAAACGGUGGCGGUGGUUCGUGCGGAUCUGACGCAAAUAAUCAAUCCACCCGGCACAGGAUUCGGUUAUUUGAAGAAUGGUGGACUUUGUCAUCCCGGUUUUAGUAAAUCUCAAUGGUGGAACGAUUACAUACUCAAAUACUUUGAAAAAACAGUGAAUCCCGAUAGACAAUGCCAAGAUAAAGUGAGUGUCAUUGAGAACGAAGUCAGAAAUCUCCGAAGUUUCUUUGGAAAAGCUUGCAGACCAGGCGAGUGGGCCUCUGAAAGCUCCAUUGAUCAGGAAUUAAAGAGGAAAUAUUCAGAACUGUGCGUUCUCUGCGACAACCAGGCAAACUGUACUUACAACAAUAAAGAACAUCACGGACAUCUCGGAGCUUUGAACUGUCUGAUUAAUGGUCGCGGUGGUGUGGCGUACGUAGCACUUAAUUACGUGAACGAAUACCUCAGGGGAAACAAGACGUUCGAAUUCUUGUGCCCAAACGGUUCCAGACUUCCUUUAACCAGUCCGACUCCCUGCACAUGGAUCAGGCAACCGUGGAGCGUCGUCGCUGCCAGAACGGAAGUUGCAGAAAUACUUAAGAAUAAGCUGCCCAGCUGGCUGAAACGAGAUGAAACGAAGGUGAAAGAACCUUGGAAAUGGGCUUUAAGUCGAAUUAUACAAGAGGACAGCAUAGCUCUCAAUAUAACAGAAAAUUUGUCUUUAACGGGGUAUUUGACCAAAGGAAGGGUCGAUGUCGAUUUCAGAAGUACUCAGACUUGCGACAGAACUAUCCGCUGGUGCACGAUCGGUGACAUGGAUACCAAUAAGUGCAAUUGGAUGGCGAGAGCCGCGAUAGCCCUCGGCAUCGAACCGCGUAUUUCCUGCGUCAAGUCGAAGUCUGUAUUCGAAUGUUUACGCAGAAUAACUGAUCAACAGGCGGACAUAAUCACCAUCGAUUCUAAUUACGGCUACGUGGCACGAAAAGUUUAUGGCCUGACAACGGUUUUGUACUGCGAAACUGAGAAGGUCAAUAGUAGCAAGAUAGUUGCCGCGGUGCGUGAGCCGUCGGAGAUAAAGAGCUUCCAAGAUCUGAAGGGUCGAACCGCGUGUUUCCCCGAGUACGCUGGAAUCAGCUGGCUGAGUUUCGUUAAUACCGCGAGGAAAAUUGGAAUCGUUUCGUCCAAGUCCUGCGACUAUCCGCUUUUGAUGUCCAAACUAUUCUCCGGUGCCUGCACCCCCGGAAUAAAAGAUCGUGAUCACUCGCGCACCGGCGCCUCCGCAGAUGUGACGACCAAGCUUUGCUCCGCUUGCUCGCGCUCGAAUAAUACGUCUUGCGCGGCGAACGACACUAAUCGCUAUUACAACGAUAAUGGAGCCAUGCGAUGCCUCACAGAAAGUGCCGGCGACGUGGCAUUUGUGGAAGUGGGGAACAUCAAUGAAGACAACCGAUUCGAUCCAAAUAACUAUCGCAUUUUAUGCAAGAAUGGCAGCCUGGCUUCAAAUACCGGAUUCCAUGCCGACGAUACCUGCGCAUUGUCAGUGACGAUUGAUAGUGAGGUUAUCGGUCGCAAGAAUGAUUCGCAGACCUACACCACGGAUAUUUUCCUGGCCCUUUUGAAAAUGGAGGAAUGGCUAGGAUAUCGCGUGGGUACUACGAGACCACUCGACAUUUAUGGCCCGUUCAAUGGCACUCGCAAUCUCGUUUUCAAGGAUUCCACGUCCGGCCUGGUUUCUACAUCGUCAACGACGAAAACGGUGGAAGCUUACAAGGAUCUCUUCAGUCACGUGUAUCAGUGUUCGACCGGUCACUUAACAGCCAAUACUAAUUUCAUCUUCAUCGCUCUAGUCGCAUUCUAUCAUCUCCUUUCUAGUCACGCAUAGUAGCAUUCGCCAGCAUUCGAAUAUCUACGAUAACAUAAAUGUGUUAAACGGUUAUCGUACUUUUUCUUCCUUUUUUUUUCCUUAUCAUACUUAUCAAACCUCGAUAGGCCUUCGCAUCGUUGUGACGAUAAUAGACAAGAGUGUGAACUCUGUAUUUCCUCGAAAUAUUAUAAAAGGAGACGUUAUUUUCUAUCCGUCGAAAAUUCAAUUUCGUUUAUCUUAUACUCUCAAUACAUUCAUACAAUACACAGAAGGGUUGCAGGAACUUUAUAAAAAAUGUUUGAUCGUAAAAUCGCAACGAACGAUAUAACCGUUCUUUUACAAUAACGAUAAAAUGCUUAUCGUCAUAAUGCUGCAACGUUUCUGUAAUAAUACAGUGUCCAUAGAAUAUAGAAUAAUGUUGUUUAACAGCAGUUUGAAAACACACAUUGCUUCGUGCCAAACGGCACGAUAUAUGGAAGUACUUAACACUACAAGUGUCGAGCAAUAAUUUCUGACCGUUUCUUCAUUAAUACUAUUUUUUCAUUCAUUAAGCCCUAUUUCUUGUGUAAAAAAAAAAAAAAGAUAGGUUUCUGAAGUUUUAUGAUUUAAUAGGGAAUGUUCAGAAACGACCGCUCGGUAUUUCUAAUAGUAUCGUGACAAGGCUGCGUCCGACAGGUUAUUAAUAGCGUUGAAAAAGAUUACAUAAAAAAAUUAAGAGACAAAUAGCAAGUUGGAUAUGACUCAAUCUACAGCAGAAUGUUGCUGCCACACCUUGUGAAAGGACAUACGCGUGCACAUUCGCAUGUGAUAACGAGUGCCUAGUAGUAUGAGACAAGGUAGCAAGCGGUUAAAGCAGAGGAAACCGAUCAAAGGCUGAUUACUUCCGAAACUUAUGUUAUCCGAUUCAUUUAUUGGCUCGUACUGACGAAGAAGAACCUUCCCCACUCCACUGCUCUGGUACCCCCACUAAUAGCGGAUGUGACUAAGUCUGACAGACUCGUACUUAGAUGCAACGCUUCGUGAACCUUGUAGAUCUUUUCUCUUCUUUCUUUUACAGCUAUUGUUGUACAAAUAUUGGUCGGUCUUCCCGCAAUGAAUCUGCCACCAAAACACUGAUAAUGUUUCUUUACUAUUAUCUAUAAAUUGUAUAUUGAGCUCGAUAAUAAAAACAAAAUCUUUGUAGAUAA